AUGGCAUCCUCACUCGCUUACAAAGUUCACCACUACGCCCCGGACAAGGACCUUCAGCAGGUUGGCGUCUGGCCGCUAGACCUUGACGACAAGUCAAAGUACUGGGUCAUCUAUAUCCAUGGCGGGGCCUGGCGAGACCCGGCAAUCCUCCACAAGACCUUCGUCCCCUCCAUAGACAAGCUUCUCUCCAGCAGCACAUCACCCGCAAGAGGCCGCAUAGCAGCAUUCGCCUCCAUCGACUACCGCCUCUCCGCCCACCCAGACCACCCCCAGGACCCAAACACCACUCCCGCGUCCCAGAUCCGCGACGCCCUCCACCCAGACCACGCCAACGACGUCGUCGCCGCCAUCAGCUACCUCCAGGCCCAGUACGGCUUUGGCAGCCGGUACAUCCUGCUCGGCCACUCUGCGGGCGCGACACUGACGUUCCAGGCCAUCGCGGACUUGACCACCACCACCACCACUACCAAGAAAUUCGUCCAGCCAGAAGCAGCCAUCGGCCUCUGCGGGAUCUACGACCUCAGCGCGCUAUGGGACCGCACAGGCGGCACCUACGGCUUCAUCCGCGCCGUCUUCGGCCCCGACAGGAUAGCCUGGGACGCCGCAUCCCCGGCCCGGUUUCCCCAGCACAACAACAACAAGCCCGGCGCCAGAUACUCGGACAUAUGGCAUCUGCCCGGUGACAACAAAACCGAUAGCACCACUGGCGAGGAUAGUAACAGGGAAACAGCCAAGACGACGAAGAAGCCAGUCGUGAUCCUCGCCUCGUCCCCCGAAGACGAGCUUAUCUCCGAGGAGGAAGUGCAAACCAUGGCUGCCGCGGUCGAGGGAGACACGGGGCUGGAUUACACCCUGGUCAAGGACAUGCGGGGCAAGCAUGACGAUAUCUGGCUCCAGGGCGACGAAGUCGCCAGGUUGGUCGCGCUCGCGCUCGACAGGUUGGCUUGA